AUGUCCACUCUGUCCAGACGAAGCUACGAUAGUACUGCCCACGAGAAGCGUCUGUCAAAGUACCGCGUUACAGAUGAUGAGCUAUUCGAGUUCGUAUUUGUUCUUUAUAUCAGAGAUGGGCCAAAGAGUGUUAAGUUUCCCGAAAAGCUGCUGAAAGUUUUGGAGCAAAAGCUGCAAGAUAUCGCAAUGGGAAAGGAAGCAGCUUAUUCAGAUCAAUUGGUUCGGAGAACGAUGGCCGUAUUCUAUGGCCAGUUCAUGAACGAAGCUUUUCGUCGCCAGAUGAAGGAAAACAGGAAAAUAGAAGAAUUGAUCUUGAUGUUCGCCACACAUGCCACCGGUGUACUGAAAAAGGAGCCGACCCUGGCAGGAGACGGAUGGAAAGUCGAACUAAAUAACCAGAUUGCGCAGUUUGUCAAGAUGCUUCGCGAUUGCUUGAAAGGCGUUAGCCAUGUUUCACCUGAACUCAACUCAAGAUUGGAUAUAUAUCAGGCCAAGUUAGCGCCCCAACAAACCCCCAGCGACUCUGGUUACGAUUCUGCUUCUAUCUCCCGGGAUCGUGAUUCUCUCAAUGGCCCACCAGGGAUCAGCAUGAAUACUAUAGACAUGUCUGUCGUUAUGGUGGUCGCUCAACUUUUUAAGAUUCCAGAGACCGCCAUGCAAGGUGAAGUCGAUCGGAUGAGGAAGUUUUGUACAGAAAAGGCCGCUCUCACAGAUCUGAAAACGUGCUCGAAAAACAUCAACGCCGGUGCACCGUUUCCGGGUCGCAGAGAGGACUUUGAUAAUGAUAGCGCAUGGAACCAUUGGCGAUCUUUAGAGACAUCGCACUUGUCCCAACUGAUGCUGGAACUAGUGUCCCUCAAUCCAGAAUUGGCGAAGUCCACCCCGUCUGAUGCUUUACCCUCGGUCUCAACGUCUAGCGGUAGACCAGGAUCCAUCCAUUCUCCUCGCAUAGAGUCUCCAGGAGCUGCCUCUCGUCAUGCAUCCAUAAGCAGCAGGCGGUCGUUUUUUGGUAGCAGCAGUAACCCCGACGGUGUCCCAGAGACGGUGAAUGAAGAAUUUGGUGGGGACGACGAGGUCCCGGUGGGACACCAUUUCACUUACAUUCCCCCGAAUCCCAAGAAGUUCUAUAAGCGUCUAGUGGAAUACUGUCUCAUUGCUGAUCUGGAGGUAAUGACCAGUCCUGAGGUUGAUGAUGCCGAUGAAGUGCCCUUGAGCAUUCUUAGUGCCCCACACGUAGAACUCAUUAAUGAGUGUGCGUUGCGGUGGCGAAUAGGCCAGCCAUACCGCGCAGCCUGUUUCCUGGAUCUCAUCAAAGAGUUCUAUGAGCGGAGCGAAGUUCCGAUGGAGUGUGUGCCUGAAGCCCUGCAGGCUAUUUCCAAAGCAGUACAGGACACGGAAAUCGAAAAAUGGUCCAUUCAAGACUCCGAAUAUUUGGCAAGCAUUUAUGGUACUCUCUACAAUAUCUUUCUCUCUUCACUGUACCACUCGAUGGAUGCAGUACCUAAUAUCAAGCGAUCAGAAGUAGACCCGUAUUUGUCUACAUUGGAACAUAUACGGGAGAGCGGCUUAAUAGAGCGCUUCGACGAUGAUAUCGCUUCUCGCAUCGCCGACGUACAAGAACGGAUCAAAGUGGUUUCUGCACACUAUUACGAGGAGAAGAUGCACGAACUGCAGGCAGCACCUGGUGUUAACCGCGCACUGCCCCUUUUGCUGAUGACGGACGAGUUGGAGAAGGCGGCAAAGCAACUCGACAAACGCUUCCCAGAGCCUAUAAUUGGACAAAUUGAUCUUGUCUCUCUGGUGGUAGAUGUGCAGAUUCCAUUGUUUGUUGCUGACCUUCAGAACUCUUCAAAACGUUUAUUCGAAUCAUCGAUGAAUGGCCCUACUCCUGAUGUCCCCAUACAGGAUAUUUUUACGUUGUACCGCAGAUCAAGAACACUCUUGUCGAUGUAUGAAGCAUUUUGCCCCAAAGGACACGUAGAUUUUGGACUUGGCGUAUUUUUUGAGCCCUAUGUUCGCCAAUGGCUGCUGGAUACCGAUAAUAAGACUAGUCACUGGGUUCAGGCUGCCAUCGCCGCAGAUAAGUUCGAAGCUGAAAAUACCGAAGGGCAUAGUUCAUCCAUUGUGGACCUUUUUGAUUCUCUCCGCAGCCCCAUCAACUUCUUACAAGAUUUAGAGUGGAGUGAUGACUAUCAGGAGGCUAGAUUUUUCACAAGUUUGGCAAAGACCAUCUCCAAAGCAGUGGAACAAUACUGUCGAAGCGUGGAGGAACUGUUCAUGACGGAAAUGUUCCCCCGACCGACGGAUUAUCUUCAGCCCCAAAAAUCUUCAGCCUGGCUUGAAAAAGCCAAGCAGCUAGCAACUCCUGGCGAGAAAAAAGUGGAACCAUUCAACUUCCGUCCUGAGUCGUGUGUCAAGCUGAACAAUGUUGAAGCCGCUCGCAAAUUACUGGAUAAUAUGUAUAAUCAGAUGCAGGCAGACAAGAUAACUGAAACGCUUGAGAACCAUGGUCCUCCCGUUCCAGAUAAGGCGGAGCGGCCGCGCUUCUUAUUCGCUGUUAAAAUCGUUCUUGCAGAGGGUUUGGUGCCCCUGGACAGCAGCCCAUCAUCGUUUUUGGAUACUUUCAUCACACUUAGUGACGAAGCGGGUAAUCGCCUAGCCAAAACUCGCACUAUAUAUGAGACAUUAAAUCCAAGAUGGGACGAAACGUUUGACAUCUCUGUCGAGAAGCCACUCUGGCUCAUGGCUAGCGUCCGGGACCGUGCGCUAGUCGGGAAACAUGACACAGUAGGCAGAGGCUAUAUCUGCCUGGAUCCCGGGCGUUUUGGAGAUUUCUUGACCCACGAUCUAUGGAUAAAUCUUGAUAGCCAAGGUCGCAUAUUACUGCGUGUUAGCAUGGAAGGAGAGAAAGAUGAUAUCCAAUUCUUUUUUGGUCGUGCAUUCAGAUCUUUGAAAAGAAGCGAGGGUGACAUGAUUCGCAUUUUCAUCGACAAGAUGGCCCCAUUCAUACGCCAAUCUAUAUCGCGGAAUGUGCUGAAGACCCUCAUUAAAGCUGGGACUCUUGGGCUUGAUUACAACAAGGCGCUGGGCAACGUCACUGCUCUCUAUCGCUCUGCGCUCGGAUCAAAUUCUAAUGAGAUACAGAUACCGUUACCCAGCUCGGAGCAGUCCCGCGUAAGGCCUGAGGCUUUAACGGAUGUAGAAAUCGAGCGCGCCAUCGUGCCUCUAUUCGAUUAUUUUGAUGCUAAUCUGCAAACGCUAAACACAUAUCUUAGCGACACCGCAAAGGAGAUGGUCAUGACACGAGUUUGGAAGGAGAUAUUGGCAGUGGUUGAAGGCUUGUUGAUCCCUCCGUUAUCAGACGUUUCCAGCGAUAUGAAACCUUUGAGUGAUAAAGAAGUUGAUAUCGUGUUUAAGUGGCUGAAGUUCUUGCGAGAUUACUUCUAUGCUGGCGGGGAAGGACCAGUUCCUUUAGAGGCUUUGCAAAAUCAGAAAUAUCGUGACGUGGUCUCGAUCCGACUUUACUAUGACUGGCAUACGGAUGCUCUCAUGGAGGAGUGCGUACGUAUGAUGCAACAGAGUCUACGCGAAACAGUCCCCGUUAAGAAGAGGGUGAAGAGCGUAUAUAAUCAACGCAACCUGGGCACAAUCAAGGAACGUAAGAAAGAGAAGAAGCAAGAAAAGGAAGUUUCGAAUGGGGAGACUAUUAUGCGAAUUCUUCGUAUGAGGGCCAACACCCAGGAAUUCAUAGCCCAGCAGUUACAGAUUAUGACCGCCAUGCAAGCCGAACAAGAAAGAGCACAGGCUAACCAGCUUCGAAGAUCUCAGCGUCCUAGGCAAGCCCAGCAGCCACCCGUCCCGCCUAUACCUUCGAAAGCUUGAAUAUGUUCGCUUGCCACCAAUCCUUGUCAUUGUAUACCUUCAGAUCCUUCGGUCUCAAUCCUUGCUACCCCACAUAUUAAAUCCGUAUGUACGUGUAUCUUGGGACAUUAUAUUUAUGAGAGGCACUUUGUUAUUUUGCCUGAAACCACCUUGAUU